AUGUCUCUGCUGCCGCCCGGCGUCUGCGCCGCGGCGGCCUCACGCGACGCGUCUGCCGCCGCGCUCGCCGAGCACGUCUCUCCGCCGCACUCCUUCGAGCGGCUGCCGGGCGCACGCGCGCGCGCAGAGGUGCUGGCGCUGUACGCCUUGCUCGCGGAGCCGUCGUUGCGCGAGCCGGACGGCGGCGGCGGCGGCGAGGGACGCGAUGCAGACGGGCCGCCAACGGCUGCCGACCCCGCCCUCCUCGAGACGUGGCCCGAGCUGGCGGUGCUACGAGACCCCUCGCAGCGGCUCGCCGACACCGCCACCGCCUGGGCCGCCGGCGAGGAGGGCGCAGCGAGCGGCUCUGACGACGGGGCGGACGGCGGCGCGGCGGGGGCGGACAGCGCAGCCCUCUCCUUUCUCGCGGACGACUGCCGGCGGAUGUCGGCAGCGCUGUCGGCGGACGCCGAUGCCCUGGUCCGCACUGCCGCCGCGUUCGGUCUUGAGGCACCGGCACAGCCCAGCACUGCCGACUGCGACUGCUGCGACUGGCCGGGCGCAGGGGUCGAGGGCCCAGAAGUAGUAGGCAGCUGACGCAGGAACGCUAGUUGUGACACGUGUUUCCGUGACAGAGUGAGUACUGACGUCCUGGACUGUACGUAUAACCGCCACAGGUAGAGAUGGAGAGCUCUGAGUCUGUGUCGUGUGUAGGGAGAUGUGUUUGUUAAUUCCGGCAUGUACCAUGU